AUGUCUGGUUCAUCCAGUGUCGCAGUUAUGAAAAAAGUGGUUCAACAGCUCCGGCUGGAGGCCGAGCUCAAUUGGGUGAAGUUCUCCCAGGCAGUUGCAGAUUUGAAACAGUUCUGUCUGCAGAAUGCUCAACAUGACCCUCUGCUGACUGGCGUAUCUUCAAGUGCAAAUCCCUUCAGGCCCCAGAAAGUCUGUUCCUUUUUGUAGUAAGACGAAUCUUGACAAGGUUUUCCAAACCACUUUUCAUAAACCAGUGAAUAUUCAAAGGAAAGCUAAAUUUGAAGCCUGUACAAAAGCCUCUCUGUAACGUGCCAUACUAUACAAACUUGUACUUUUUCAGUCCUUAAUGUCUACCUCUCUGAAUAUUCAUAAUUUUCUGUUUCACAAGGGUAAUUAUUUUAUAUACACUGAUGGCAGCAUACAAUAAAAUAAUUAGU